GUGCAAGCUGUCAGGAAUCAGAGAGGCCACUUCCUUCCCCAAUCCUUUCCUUUCAGCUGGGAGAAUGGGAGAAGAUUCAGGUGCCCUCAAUGGGCAGAGGGUGUGGAUGGUACUGGCUUCCUGAUAUAAAAACACAGAGCAGCCCACCCACUACCUGGCCUGAUAGUGCCUUCUGCUAUGGCGCCCAAGCAGAGAGGAUACUCUUGGAGUCCCCCAGGCUGGUUCGGUGCAGGCUGGAGCACUUACAGGUCGAUUUCUCUUUUCUUCACCCUUGUGACUUCAGUGAACUCAAUAGGUGUUUCUCAGUUGGUGAAUCCUGCCUUUCCAGGCACUGUCAUUUGCGAUGAAAGGGGAAUAGCAGUGCAGUUCCGGAGCAGUCCUGGCACCAAGAAAUGGCAUGCAUCUGUGGUGGAUCCCUUUGGUCUUGACAUGCCGAACUGCCCUUACCUCCUGGACCCAGAAAAGCUCACCAUGAGGGCUACCUAUGAUAACUGUACCAGGAGAGUGCAUGGCGGGCACCAGAUGACCAUCAAGUUUAUAAAUGACAGUGCUGCUGUAAGACACGGAGCUGUCAUGUACCAGUUCUUCUGUCCAGCUAUGCAGGUAGAAGAGACCCAUGGGUUUUCAGCAGCUACAACCUGCAAAAAGGAUUCAAUGUCUUUUUCCUUGCCACGGAUCUUCUCUGGUUUGGCUGAUGCCACUCAGCAGACAGAAGUUCAGAUGGGAUGGAGCAUUGAGGUUGGUGAUGGUGCAAAAGCCAAAACUCUGACCCUGUCGGAAGCUAUGAUGGAAGGCUUCAACCUCCUAUUCGACAACAACAGGAUGACCUUCCAAGUGCCAUUCAAUGCCACUGGAGUGAAUCACUAUGUGCAAGGUAACAGUCAUCUCUACAUGAUGUCUCUGAAGCUUACGUUUAUAGCUCCUGGGCAGAAGGUGAUCUUUUCUUCACGAGCUAUUUGUGCACCAGAUCCUGUGACCUGCAAUGCCACGCACAUGACUGUCACCAUACCAGAGUUUCCUGGGAAGCUUAAGUCUGUGAACUUUGGAAACCAGAACAUUGAAGUGAGCCAGUUGCGUGACAGUGGAAUUGAUCUAGAAGCAACAGAUGGCACAAAAUUGCAUUUCAGCAAAACUCUGCUCAAAACGAAAUUGUCUGAAAAAUGCCUAUUCCAUCAGUUCUACUUAGCUUCACUCAAGCUGACCUUUCUCCUCCAGCUGGAGACGGUAUCCAUGGUGAUCCAUCCUGAGUGUCUCUGCGAGUCACCAGUUUCCAUAGUUACAGCCGAGCAGUGCACCCAGGAUGGGUUUAUGGACUUCGAGGUUUACAGCCACCAAACACGACCAGCUCUCGACCUGGGUACUCUGAGGGUGGGAAGCUCAUCCUGCCAGCCUGUCUUCGAGGCUCAGUCCCAGGGGCUGGCACGGUUCCACAUACCCCUGAAUGGAUGUGGAACAAGAUAUAAGUUUGAAGAUGAUAAAGUCAUCUAUGAAAAUGAAAUACAUGCUCGCUGGAUGGAUCUUCCUCCAAGCAAAAUAUCUAGAGACAGUGAGUUCAGAAUGACGGUGAAGUGUUCUUACAGCAGGAAUGACAAGCUACUAAACAUCAAUGUUGAAAGUCUUACUCCUCCAGUGGCCUCAGUGAGGUCCGGUCCAUUUACCUUAAUCCUGCAAAGCUACCCAGGUAAUUCCUACCAACAACCUUAUGAGAACAAUGAGUACCCUCUAGUGAGAUUUCUCCGCCAACCAAUUUACAUGGAAGCGAGAGUCCUAAACAGGGAUGACCCCAACAUCAAGCUGGUCUUAGAUGACUGCUGGGCAACGUCCACCAUGGAUCCAGACUCUCUCCCCAAGUGGAACAUUGUUGUGGAUGGCUGUGCAUACAACCUGGACAACUACCUGACUACCUUCCAUCCAGUCGGCUCCUCCGUGACCCAUCCUGAUCACUAUCAGAGGUUUGACGUGAAGGCUUUUGCCUUUGUAUCAGAAGCCCACAUGCUCUCUAGGAUGGUCUACUUCCACUGCAGUGUCUUAAUCUGCAAUCGACUCUCUCCUGACUCCCCUCUGUGUUCUGUGACCUGCCCUGUGUCAUCUAGGCACAAGCGAGCCACAGGAACCAAUGAAGCAAAAACAAUGACAGUCAGUCUCCCGGGACCCAUUCUCCUGUUGUCAGAUGACUUCUCAUUCAGAGGUGUUGGCCUAUCUGAUCUGAGGCUGUUAAAAGCAAGUGGGAGCCGUGGGGAGAAGAGUAGGAGUGAAACAAGGGAGGAGGCAGGCUCACAGGCUGUUACUGACACCAAAGGGCACAAGACUACUGGGGAUGUUGCUUCCAAAGCUGUGGCUGCUGUGGCCACCUUAGCAGGCAUGGUGGCAACUCUAGGCUUCAUCUGCUACCUGUGCAAGAAAAGAAUUGUGUCAAAUCACUAAUUGGACUUACAAAUAAAGCAGUCAAAAUAA